UAUUGCUACACACUGUCCACUAUUCUUGUCUCACACACAUUGUGUUUACUCUCUCUCUGCUUCUCUUUCUUCUCUCUUUAGCAAUAAUGCAGCUCCGGUCAAUGACCGCCGUGGCCAUGGUGGUCUUCUCUUUAGGUCUUUUGCUUUCACCACAUACAACCUCAGCUCACAAUAUCACACAUAUUUUAGCAAAAUACCCACAAUUUUCCACUUUCAACCAUUACUUAACUGAAACCCAUCUCGCCGCCGAGAUUAACAGCCGGGAAACCAUAACUGUCUGCGCCGUCGACAACGCCGGCAUGGAGGAGCUUCUCUCUAAGCAUCUCUCCAUUUACACUAUCAAAAACGUCAUUUCACUUCACGUACUUUUAGAUUACUUCGGUGCGAAGAAACUUCAUCAAAUCACUAAUGGCACUGCGUUAGCUGCAACUAUGUUUCAGGCAACCGGUUCAGCUCCUGGUUCGACUGGGUUUGUUAACAUUACAGAUCUGAAAGGUGGGAAAGUUGGAUUUGGGCCGGCGGAGAAUCAUGGUAAUCUUCCGGCUACUUUUGUUAAAUCUGUUGAGGAGAUACCGUAUAAUAUAUCUGUUAUACAGAUUAGUACGAUGCUGCCGUCUGCUUCAGCUGAAGCUCCGACGCCGGAACCGAGUCAGAUGAAUCUGACUUCGCUAAUGUCGGCUCAUGGGUGUAGGGUUUUUGCUGAAACAUUGUUGAAAUCUCCUGCUGAGAAGACUUUUGAUGAGAACGCUGAUGGUGGGUUAACGGUGUUUUGUCCUGGAGAUGAUGCGAUGAAGAAUUUUAUGCCUAAGUUUAAGAAUCUGACUGCCGACGGGAAGCAAUCGUUGCUUGAGUAUCAUGGGGUUCCGGUAUAUCAAUCUAUGGCGAGCUUGAAAUCGAACAAUGGCGUGAUGAAUACUUUAGCUACUGAUGGAGCUAAGAAGUAUGACUUCGUUGUUCAAAAUGACGGCGAUACAGUGACAUUGAAGACGAAGAUUGUGACGGCGAAGAUCACCGGAACUCUUAUUGAUGAACAGCCUAUUGCUAUUUUCACUAUUAAUAAAGUUCUAAUGCCUAAGGAACUAUUCAAGGCUUCAGCUGCCGCAGAUACUCCGGCGCCGGCACCGGCACCGGAUGCCGAUUCACCUGAACCAUCUAAAAAGAAGAAGAAACACAAGGCGCCGGCGGCAGCUGAUACUCCGGCGGACUCACCGGCGGAUGGUCCCAGUGACGAUUUUGCAGAUUCAACGGCGGAUGAUAACAGUGCGUUUAGUUACAGUGCUGGACCAGUGGUUGCCGGAGUUUUGAGUAUGUGGUUUUUCUUUUUAUUGCUUUGAGUUUUUUUAUUCAUUUUAUAUGAUUAUAAUUUAAAAGGACUUUUAUCGUUAAAUAAUUAUUGAUUAUUUAUGUUAUCAAACUUGUUAUUUUGUACUUCUUUUUUUGUAAUAGAACAGCUAGGAGUUUUUGCGAGUGUUUUUUAUCUUUUUUUUUUAAUUAUUUUGUUCUUUGCCGUUUCUUGGACUAUAGUGUAUUUUGUUUAUUAAUUUAUGAGUGUUAUUUUUGGUUAUUGUGCUA